AAUGGCUGGCACCUUCUGUCGUCUCCUGGCUGGCCGUGCAACCACUGCACUCUUUGCAGCCGCUGGCACAGGCGUGCUGACCACUGGGUAUCUUCUCAACCAGCAAAAUGUGAAGGCUGCUGUUCAGGAGAAACGGAAACUCUUCCCGCCAAGCGCAGACUAUCCUGAUCUCCGCAAACAUAACAACUGCAUGGCUGAGUGCCUCACGCCGGGCAUUUACUCUCGGCUCAGGGACAAGAUGACUCCCAAUGGCUACACCCUAGACCAGUGCAUCCAAACUGGGGUGGACAAUCCUGGCCACCCUUUCAUUAAAACUGUGGGCAUGGUCGCAGGUGAUGAAGAAUCCUACGAGGUGUUUGCUGAGAUUUUUGACCCUGUCAUUAAAGCAAGGCACAAUGGCUAUGAUCCACGGACUAUGAAGCAUCACACAGACCUGGAUGCAUCCAAGAUCACCCAUGGUCAGUUCGAUGAGCGCUAUGUCCUCUCGUCGCGGGUGCGGACUGGCCGCAGCAUUCGGGGCCUCAGCCUUCCUCCUGCCUGCACCAGGGCAGAGCGGAGAGAGGUGGAGAACGUCGUGGUCACUGCACUCGCUGGGCUGAAAGGAGACCUCUGUGGCAAGUACUAUAGCUUGACCAGCAUGUCCGAGAGGGAACAGCAGCAGCUUAUUGAUGAUCACUUUCUCUUUGAUAAGCCAGUCUCCCCUUUGCUAACAUGUGCUGGGAUGGCACGUGACUGGCCAGAUGCCAGAGGAAUCUG